UCGCCUGGCCUGGAGCAAGACUGCGCUAGGGAAGGCUGCUCCAUUCUUCCAGUGCCCAAGCGGGGCCCAAAGAGCACCUCAGAGAGAGGGGGAGGGCGAAAACCAAAGGAUCGAUCGCUUGCUAGCCCCCCAACGUGGAAAGUGGCAACGCUGCUCUGGAGAAAUGCGCGCAGCCACGCAAGCAAGCGGUUGAUUCCAGCGCUCCCGGACGGGCGCUUCAAGCGGCUCACGGGCUUAGACCGCCAACCGGGCGCGCAACCGAGGUUGUCCCGGGCGAGAAACCCAGAAGCGAGGAGGAACCGCCUCAGCGAAAGCGCGGUAUUUUAAAAGCGCGCGGCUGCUUCCGGCAAUCGGCGACCGCGGCCCCUUUAAGCGUGGAAAGGCUGGCCUUCUCUGCGCAGGCGGCGCAGCAAGUGGGAUGCGCCGCGGGGAGGAGGACUAGGGAAGGAGGAAGCAGACGGACAGGUUUCUCCGGGCGGCUUCGGGGGAGGCCUAAAUCCGGAGGCGCACCCGGCGUGAACAUCCUCGGGAACGACCUGAGAUGCCUUAGCCCUUUGCAACCCUCUGCUCCCUCUCGGCGGGGAGCAGGGCUCCGGCGGAGGCUUGGCAACAUGAACCGGGUCCAGCUGAAGCGCUCUGCGAUCCUGAAAAUGGCCCUCGGCGGUGCGUCGGAGCCGCUUCUCCAGCAGGAGGUGGAGGAGGAAGAGGAAGAUAGCGGCAGCAGCAAGGAGUCUCCGUUCCUCUUGCGGGCCGUCCGGAUCGCCGUCGUGGUCUGCCUUUACUGGUUCAUUUCUAUCACCAUGGUCUUCCUCAACAAGUAUUUGCUGAGCAGCCAGUCGCUGCGCCUGGAUGCGCCGCUCUUCGUCACUUUCUACCAGUGCCUUGUGACCGUCCUCAUUUGCAAGCUGCUUAGCCUGCUGGCCUCCUGCUGCCCGCGGGGCUUCGUGGACUUUCCCUCCAUCCGGAUGGACCUCAAGGUCUCCCGCAGCGUCCUGCCCCUUUCCCUGGUCUUCAUUGGCAUGAUCACCUUCAACAACCUGUGCCUCAAAUUCGUUGGUGUGGCCUUCUACAACGUGGGCCGCUCCCUCACCACCGUGUUCAAUGUGCUCCUCUCUUACUUGCUCCUGAAGCAAACCACAUCCUUGUACGCCCUUCUUUCAUGUGGGAUUAUCAUUGGUGGCUUUUGGCUUGGGAUAGAUCAAGAGGGAGCAGAAGGCACUCUGUCCUGGGCAGGCAUCAUUUUUGGAAUACUUGCCAGCCUGUGUGUCUCACUGAAUGCUAUUUACACUAAAAAAGUUCUUCCAGCUGUGGAUGGCAGCAUCUGGCGUCUGACUUUCUAUAACAAUAUCAAUGCUUGCGUCUUGUUUUUGCCCCUUUUGUUGUUUACAAAUGAGUUCUUCACACUAUACCACUUCGAUAAAUUGGGAAGCAUCCAUUUCUGGGGCAUGAUGACUCUAAGUGGGAUAUUUGGCUUUGCUAUCGGCUAUGUGACUGGACUUCAGAUCAAAUAUACCAGCCCACUUACACAUAACGUUUCUGGGACUGCCAAAGCCUGUGCCCAGACAGUGUUAGCUGUCUGCUAUUAUGAAGAAACCAAGAGCUUUUUGUGGUGGGCUAGUAACAUGAUGGUUUUAGCAGGCUCUUUUGCAUAUACCUGGGUAAAAGGGUUGGAGAUGAAGAAGGUACAGCUAGAACCUCUUCCAAAAGCAAAUGAAAAAAAUGACAAUCUGGUCUGAAUUCACUAGUCUUGCAUUUCGCUCAAGGAAUAAAAUGAAGUUUAGCUAGCAAGAGAUAGCUUAAUGUUUCCAGGCAAGCCUAGCCUAUGAUUACCCAUGUAGAAAAUAGAAGGCAGGGCGAGAUUUCCAAUGUACUGCAUAUUUGUUACAAUAAUCACUGGAAAAGGAUAAUUUUUUUACAAGUGAUUUUCUUUUCCAAACACCUCUUUAGUAAAGGUGGGGGAGGGAGGGGUGUUCUAUUAAAAACAACUUUAAGAAAGUAGGAAUAGCUGGGUCCUUGCUCUACUUGCUUGAAGUUAUGUGUGUCUUCUGUAGAUAUGUUUCUUUGUCUCCUCACACAUCACACUGAGCUGCCCAGUUUGCUUCCUGGAGAAGCAGGAGAACAAUUCUCUUAGAUUGCUGGCUCUCCUGCCCUUGUGGGGCAAACAAGUUGCAAGAAAUACAGAAUUGCAACUUGUCUGGCGAAAAGGUAAUCCCAAUGCCAGGAUUCUCAAGCAUUUUUCUGCCAGUGCUUCUCAGCACAUUUAUCAUUCCUCUGGACAGCCUAAUUGGAAAGCAACUGAACGAAAGAAAAUAGGAAAGGGCAUUGAAAGCUCCCUUGGUUUGGUUUCUUCUAGAUCUAAAUGUCUUUAGGUAGUCAACUAUUUUUCCCAGCACUGUUGAAGAAACAGAUGUCAAUGGUUAUUAGUGGACUCUUACAAAGUGAAAGUAUCACCAUGUUCUUGCUCUUAAAGCUCAUUUCUUGGGUGAGUGCAUUUGUUUUUGAUAUGCACUCUCCUUAUUAAGAAGGCCUUCUUGGCUUCAGGAGCCAAACUUCAUUGGAAUGUGUAAUUCCAUUUGCCUUUGACCUUUGCUAGCGUCCUUACCUUGUUCUCACUUUCCUAAUUUUGUGUUGGAAAGCGUAGAUCCCCAUGGUAGAUCUGCAACUGAUAAAUGUGUUUAAUAAAGUGUUGAUUUGUUAUUUUCAGAAUGGCUCUUUGCUUUGUUUGCAACAGUAGAAAUGAUAGGGAAGUAGAGCAGAGGGCACUGAUAAUACAUUGCCUCCUGACUCACAGGCAAAAUUCUUUAAAACCCAACACUGAAGGAGAAUUAGUUAAAGAGUUUAUUGUCCUUACAGACUGCUUAUAUUUUUUUCUGGAUGCAUCAGGUUAGCCACUGUGCUACAAAGACUCUGGGCUUAAUGGCCCAUUUUCCUGUACGUUACACGUAAACGUUAAACGUAAAUUUAAACAAUGUACACAAAGGCAAACACAAAUAUGUAUAAUCCUCAAUUUAAUAAUGGUCACAAGUUGUGCAGAUUAUAAAGCCAGGUGACCAUGUGACCACACCUAAUUUUAUGAUCUUUUUUGAAUCGGUCAUUAAGCUGACCCAAUCAAUUGGAUUUUU